CUCUGACCAGUCUGUAUGUAAGAUGUCUCCUCUCCACAACCCUUUCUGACUCCCUCCAUUAAUGCCAAACAAAGAAUUCAUCUUUUCCCCUUAUUAUUAUUUGAUCCCCAAAAAUAAAAAGAAAAAGAAAAACAUCCCAUCUUUAUAAUUUUCUUCCUCCUUUGUAAAUGGCCAACAAAUUGAAAAAACUUCCAAAUUUUCUUAACAAAUCCCCAUGGCUAUGGAGAUCUUGCACUCAAUCAAGAACCCUCUCUUUUCGUCACCCUAACAACAUCUUUCGAACCAUCAAUUCUGCCUACGACGACGAAGAAGAUCAGGAUUACUACGACUACGACUACGACGAAGACGACGAAGAAGAAACUGAAGGAGACGACAUGUCAAAUGAUGAAGACCAAAUUGAGGCCUUAGUGAGAGGGUUAAGGGUAAGGCAAGGGAAGAGGCUAUUUUUGGAGCUUGAUGAGACAAAUUCCAUAAUGACGACCACGGUGGCGGUGGCGACAGUGGUGGGGGGAAACUACCAAGUUCCAUUCAAGGAGAGUGUGGCAAUGGCAAUGGAAUCUAAAGAUCCAUAUUUGGAUUUCAAGAAGUCAAUGGAAGAGAUGGUGGAAGCUCAUGAAUUGAAGAAUUGGAAAGGGAUGGAAAGACUUUUGAGUUGGUAUUUAAAAGCUAAUGGGAAGGCAAAUCAUGAGUUUAUCAUUGGUGCUUUUGUGGAUUUAUUGGUUGAUCUUGCCUUUUCAGCUUCUUCUAAUUUCUCUAAUAAUUCUUCUUCUUCUCCUUCUUCUUCUUCUUCUUCUUCUUCUUCUUCUUCUACUACAACUACUUCCUCUCUUUUGUGUUCUUCUACUUCUACAUUUCCAAAUUCUUCUUCGUGUUCUUCUUGUUCUUCUUUUCGAGCUCCUAAUUCUAUAAUAUCGUCCAACUCCGUAGAAACAGCGGAGGAAAUUGUGGAGUUAGAGUGUAGUUGUUCUUCUUCCUCCAUUCGUGUGGCUCCUCCUUGUCUUUCUUCUUUGUUUGAAGACGAUGAGGAAGAGGAUAUUGAAGAAGGUUUUUAAUUAGUUUAAUUAACUACAUCAAUGAUAAUAUUGAUAAUCCAUUUUUGGAUGCGAUUUAGUAUUUGUUUUUUUUUUUC